UGGCGGAUGUAAUGUUGCCGAUUCGUCACUGUCCUGUCACAUUUUCAGCAGCAGAUGUAUUUUAGGUGUCAUAUCUGGUUAUAAGUGGCAAGUGGGUGGCACGAGGUGCGCUGUUGAUAUGGGGAAUUGUUGGGAAAGAUGCUUUGGGCGAAUUGAUCGCAGAAAAUAUCUGCGAACAAGGUACAGUGUGGAAAGAGAUUUUUCUAUUGAGUUUGAAAAUUUGAUGGAUGAUGACCCUCAGGAUGAUAUGCAGAAACCUUUGACUGAUCGUGAGAAACAGUUACUGACCGCCAAAAAAUAUGAUGCUAUCGUGCAUGAGCAAAAACGUUUAGAUAUGGAAAUUGAGUCCAAGCUUGCUAGACAGGAGGAGGAGUUACGGCUGGAGGAAGAAGCAUAUUACGAGGCUAAGCGUGAAGCUUCUCGCCUUGCUCGCCUCCAGCGCGCUAAGGAGCAGGCUGCCCGUUCCAAGCUAGGUGUGGGGGCAAGCCAAGGGUGGCCAGAAGGUCGAGACAGUGACUGGGAAAUUGCUGGAGGAGAGGAUGACUUUGAAAUGUUUCUUGCCAGUGUGAAAGCGCGUUCUAUAUCAACACGAGCAAAACAGCGCCGUGGGUCAGGGGACGGGCAGAGUACCAGCAGUAGUACCACCCAGACGAAGGAUCGCUCCCACACUGAGGCCUCUUCCAUAGACCUGGAGUGGGAACAUGAAGCAGGCAUGGUUCCUCAGCAGAAGCGGCGGUCAGGCACAGAGGAGAACCUAUCAGCCUUGGUCAACAAGGCCUACAGUGAAAGCCCAAAUAAUUCCAAUGACUUAGAAUGGGACAAUGACUUUGUGAGUUCUGAGACAAUAGAAACUGAGCAGCUUCUUGCCAAGUCAGUUGACAAACUCCAGAAAGCUGGGAACAAAUUACAUGUGUCUCAGCGGUGACCCUAAAGUUGUGAAUGUCAUCAGUGGUCGAAGAACAUACUCAUUCCAUGCUGGCAAUCUCAAAUGGUGGACCAAUACAAAAUAUUUACCAUGUAAAAAUUGACAUAACUCUAUAUUUAUCUUGUACAAACAUUUGUGAAGUGUUUGCAUACAUUGUUUAGGGAAUCAGCGGAAACUGCUUUUGUAGGUAAACAUUCUUUUAAUUUAUUUUACAAUUCGUUACUCUGUAUAGCCAUUUGCUGGUGUGCUGAUGCAGCAUUGUCAUCAUUAAAUGUGCUGAAAACAGUAUAUCACCUGUGUAGCAUUUACCCAGAUGAUAAAGAGUACUAGUAAUGUCUGAAGCUGUCUUUUAUGUGAUCAGAUUAUGUCUUUGUCCCUGUCCAAGAAGUAAUUUCUCUGCCAUAUGGCGAAGAUGUUCUAGCUAACCUUUGGCAGAAAAUUAUAAACAUGUAUCUGUCAGGUGCAGUCUGAGAGGAGUUUAAGCUAAAGCAGUUAAGACAGUGUGAUAAGUGUCACUGGGUCACAUGUUCCCUUUUCCUCUAGCUCUGCCCAGUUUCCCGCCAUCCUAAGGCUGGCUGCAAUGUCAUAGGUGAACAAUUCUUGAAUAUGACGUAAAACACCAUCAAAUAAAUAAAUGACAUUCCCUUUCAAAACACAGCCAGGGUCUUAUUCAUUAACAUUUAAUGAAGAUGCUUGGGUUGUAUUGUGCUGUAUAAAGUUGAACGCCAGUCAAAUAAAACAAAUGCAGC